UAGUUCUAAUUCAAUUUCUAAUUAUUCAUUUUCACUAAUUAUUUGAAACAAUAAUCAAUUUUGAAAUAUAGUAAUCUUAUGAACAAAAUAACAAUCAGCCAUGAUGACACCAACGUCUAGGAAUGAUGAUGAAAAUGAUGAUGAAAUUAUAUUUCUAGGCAAACGUCCUAGAUUGCAAACGCCAUCAUCAUUACCUGAUGUGGAAUUGGUUAGAGUUGUUAAUCCUGUUCAUAUUAACAAUCUAAAUACUUUUUUACCACAAUUAUCUCCCAUACUUGAUGUUCAAGAAAUUUCAUUCAACGUAUCAACUAUAACAACAUCGUCAUCUUCUUUAUUCUUAUCGCAGCCAUUUCCAAAAGGACCAAUACCUAAUGUAGAAUCAUCUUUAUCAGAGAAAUUGUCUCCUACCGAACCAUCGUCAUCAUCAUCAACAUUGUCUAUUGAUAACCAAGAAUAUCAUUGUAAUCGAUGUUCGAUUUGUUUGGAACCAUUUGGCAAACCUGAUACAUCACAUCAUCUGGUCACACUUAAAUGUGGACAUUUGUUUGGAAAAAGUUGCAUAGAACAAUGGCUUAAACCAACCGAUCAUCGAAAAUGUCCAACAUGUAAAAAACCAGCCACAAUAAAACAAAUGAUUAAAAUAUAUGCAGAUAAUUUGCCUGCCAAUCAAUCGUUUUGGUCCAAAUAUCAAGAUGCUUUAAAACAAUUAGAGCAUUACAAAAAUGAAGCAGAAAAAGCAAAGAAAAUGAAGAGCAAAAAAUCUAACAAGGGAAAAUGAUCAAUAUAAAUUUGUAAUCAGACGGCCAAUUCAGAAAUCAAUGGCUUAAUUAUUAUAAUGAUUUAAAAUGACAUUUUUCCUGUCAAAGUUGUCAAAAAAAAUUUUUUUUUUCAUUUCUCAAUAAUAAAUAAAUUAUGAUGAUUAAAUUUUCA